CACAAAACGAGACGACACGAUAGGAACAAACGCUUCAGCGCCCAUACACCCUUAGCCCAGCAGCCACCCCCGCAUCCCUUCCAACCCAAUCAGCCAGAAGAAGCUCGUCGGGGCGCACAUCGCGCCAAUCAGACCAGCCAAUGCAACAGGCAGACUCCCAGGGGCGCCCUUCCGCCGCCUCCCGGCCUUCUUGACGGUGCCCCUCUUUCGGUCCUCAAUCGACUCGAUAACCGAAGCCAUCGGCGACUCCAUCUGGCUUAUCUCACACGGCAGUGCCGCCCACCGCCUCAGAGCCACGCCUGCACGCCAAACAAGCCAACAACACAUCCAUCCAUCCAUCCAUCCAUCCGCCUUGCGUGUGUCAUCCUCCGAUUGGCUCACCAGUGACGGUGAGAACAACGGCCGUCAUCAGGUACCAGAAUGCGCUGUUCCUCACACUGAAGUCGGCGGCCCAGUCCUUCAUCAACACAUCGGCAUGUGCACCCGCCUUGGCCGGCGGCAACGGGCCUGCCCCAGCGGCGGAUGAUGACCUACCCUCACCGCCGCCUCGCCGUGCUGUCUUGAUGGCUUCAGACAGCUUCUCGAUGGCCUCCUUCCAGGCCGCUCUCGACAGAAGGGUCUCGCCAAUGCCCUUGAGAGUCGCGAGUGUGACGGGCGGCGCGACGGAUCCGAGUGGGUCCUGCAAGAUUUGCAGACAGGCGUAGCGGUAGGGGACAGACAGGGCACCGAGUGCAAUUUGGCCGAGGCCGGCGUAGAGAAGGGUGGUGCCCAGCGAGUGCUGCUCGGCCGCCGUCUGCUGCAGAGAUCUCACGCGCUCAGACAGAAUCUACAGUGGCACCAGCGGCAGUCAACAAGACUGUUUUUGAUCCCUGUGCAUGUGUGUGGUGUGUGUUGGGCCAGCUCCACAUAUACCUGAUACUCUACGGCGGUGCGCAGACAUUUUGCCAUUGCGGCCCUGGAUUCCUCACGCGCCAUCUCCAGCUGACCUUCAGUGGCACCGAUGGCCUGGCCCUCGGGCACCUUUGGUGGUGCGCCGCCCGCCUUCCUUUCAGCUUCAUCAAUCUUUGUUCUCCGCUCGUUGAGCUUGACACGCAGGCUGGCACUCAUAUCCAUGGCGGCAACGUUGACACAAAAGCACAGAGGAGGGCACAGAUCCUCC